UGGACACACGCGUAAAAAGUGUUUGUUUGCUUCAUGCUUCGCCGCGGGUUGGGUUUGGCGCAUUGCCGUGCAGUUCCCCGAACGUCCCAAGGACAGCUUCCAAAGGGAAGACCUUCGUGCUCAAAUGCACUGUUGCCAUCCUCGUCACCACACCGUCGAUCGUUUUCGUCGUCAAAUUCAGAACCUCCGGUGAAGAGUCCACCCAAGGCGACGCUGUUCCAGACCGUGUUGGAAGCGUUUGAUGACAGGGAACGUCUGUACGAAUGGGACCGAGACGGCCUCUUUGACCCAGAUAUGCCCGAGUCCAAGAAAGCGAUGAUGUUUCUCUUCUUCCAUCGGUACUUUGAUCCCCCGUUCGAUCUCCCGGACUUUCUCGACGGCGCGCAAGUUGCAUUGGAUCUCGUGUUCCACACCAUGUAUUCGCACGACUUUUUGGCCGCCGCCGCGUCCGAUGACGCCACGAGUACCUACAAAUCUGAGACCCUGCUCGAGUCCAUCAUGACGCGCGCUUGUGUUGAUUCCAUCAAGAAGGAAUUCAUUGCCUACCACGCCGAUGGCUACACGCAGGUCGCGUUGACCCAGCUCGACAUCCACGAGUGUUCGCUCCAUGACGUCACCAUCUCCAAGGACUACGAGUACCUGUACAUGGAUGUGCUUUACCGCACGACGGAGCACCUGUCGAUGGACAAGGAGGGCGACGACGCGACGACGACGGACGUGCGCGAUUCACACUGCCAACUGCGCUACCAGACGAAAAUGGACAACCUCGACCAUCUGGACUGGUCCAUAGCUCAAGUGUUUGACCAUUAGAACAAUGCAUUGUCAACACAAUGUGACGACAAAUCUAGGAACGUGACUACGCUUAACAAUACUAGUAGCCCUCAUUUUGUAGUGUUUUGUAGUAUUGUAUUGUGCUUUUCAUGUAUUUACCCGUUGUUAAACAACCAGACGUUUAAAAUAAUAUAAGCCCGA